UUGAAAGGAGUUUUUGGACUGGCGUAUUCUCAAUGCCAUCUAGAAACAUUCUGUCUCUUCCAAGGUUACAUGGCAGGAGCACUGGCGGAAGACAAAGAUCAGAGCCAGGACAAGAGCUCAAGUUAAAAACGCGACGGCUGGAGGCGCGACAAGCGCCGAGGCGAACCGAACUCGAAGCAGGAGAAUAGAUUUUCCGAAGCAUACUAUGGUUGGUUCAGUCUGGAAGCCGACUGCCAACCUCUAUCUACACUUUCAUAUAUGGGGCCUUCAUUUAUUACCUGAUGCAGUCAAUCGACCGCUUGACUCGUUUAGCUCUGUCCACGAUAUCGUCACCGCCUCCAGAUGACCCGAUCUGCGAGUGCUUCGAUGGUGACUCCGAGAAGCUCGUUUUCGCUCUCCUCCAAGACACCGACAAUGCUCUCGCCCUCGCGGACACUAAACUACGCGUGUUCCCAUUUAAAGACGUGAAGGCCUGCUGGAGACGGCUCUAUACAGACACUAGCAUCGUAAAAGUAUGCAACGCAAUCAGAAAACACCAAGGCUACAACGACAACGGCGAGGUCUAUGGCUGUAAACUGGUGGCGCAACAGCAGCAAAAAGUUGACCACCAGACCUCGAAAAACGGACAUGCACAUAAGCAAGAUGUGAUUAGCGAUUACAGGAGGAUUAGUUCAGAUGCGCCAUGGCUGUCACCGGCCAUACAUACUCUUGACAGAGCACUGAUCAUGACCGGCGCUCCGCGCAGAGAAUCACUCAUUGAAUCGCUUAUAACAUGCCUACAAGACCUGACUGAUUCUCAUCCAUCGACCAGGCCAUUCGCACUCUUCUUUAACAAACCCGAUCAGUUCGAGGGCUACACUGAACUUGAGCAAAAUGAGCAACCUCCACCCCUAAAACGUAGAAGACUAAUACCUCCGCCUCUCUUUCCCCCGGAUACAGCCCCCGCUCCAAAGCUAGGACGGCCAAUUCGUCGCCUCUCCGCCCCAUCCCUCGAACGGUUCACAGAGCAUAUGAAUAACAUCCGCGUACCACUAGUCAUCACGGAUGCAGUGAAUCACUGGCCCGCACUCUCGACACGACCCUGGUCAUCCCUCGACUACUGGGCCCAACGGACGUAUGAUGGCCGGAGACUGGUCCCUGUGGAGGUGGGUCGGUCCUAUACAGACGAAGGAUGGGGGCAGCGUAUCAUGCCGUUCGGAGAGUUUGUGCGAGAUUACAUAUGGAGGACGGAAAGUAGCGGUAAGGGGCCCGGUGAUGGGAAUAAAAGUGGGGGUGAUAAUGGUGACCAUGUAGCGAAUGGUAGGGAUCGAGAAGGCCCAGGAGCAGCAGGUGAAACUGGUUAUAUGGCGCAGCACGAUUUAAUGGCGCAAAUACCUGCGCUGAGAAAUGAUAUUUGUAUCCCAGACUACUGCUAUACAGAUCCCCCAGCGCCGGAGCCCGGGACACCCUUAUAUGAGAAAAGAUUACGCGAGAAUAUGGCGAGAGAUAAAGACGGGCUGUCCAAAAAGAAACUCAGGAAUACUCUGGGUGACGAGGAGAAAUAUCAGAACCAAGGUGGAAAGUCUACCGAUAAUAGUGAAGCCGAGAGUGAAGCAGACGAUACCCUCUCUGACCCAAUCAUCAAUACAUGGAUAGGCCCUUCGUGGACGAUAUCGCCACUACACCAUGAUCCGUACCACAACAUCCUCGUUCAAGUCGUCGGACAGAAAUAUAUACGGCUAUACUCACCUCAUACACCCGCGUCGCAAAUAUAUCCUCGCGGUAUGGAGGUGGUUAAUCCCGCAUCCUCUUCACCGCAACAGCAGCAACAUGCAGACAAAGAAACGGUCGUUCAGGUUCAGUCGCAGGGGAAACACCAGGAAAUUGACAUGUCCAAUACAUCGCAGGUGGAUCUGGCUGCUAUCGAGAUGUCCCCAGCUGAAUCUGAGACCUGGGAUUCGAUGUGGCCUAGGUUUUCAGAUGCGGAGUAUGUGGAGACGGUUUUGAAAGAAGGAGAGUGUUUGUACAUACCUAUUGGCUGGUGGCAUUAUGUGCGCGGCUUGCGGGCGGGAAUCAGUGUGAGUUUUUGGUGGACGUAGGUUUUCGAUGCUAUACCUGUUAGAUUGUAUCUACAUAACCAUUCCCUGGCUGUUUCGCCAACGGGCCACUUACGAGGAUAUAAACUAUUAUGAAUGCUACACAUACAUGCACUGUAUUCAGUCGAAAAUAAGUGAUUCUGGUGGGCAGGAGGAAAUACAUAUCAAACCGGCAUAAGGGCUGUAUACGAGGUAUCUCUCCUUGGAGUAUCCAACACAGGUGAGGAGAUAGACCAAAACCACUAUCCCAGAUUACACUUAGCAUAACAAAAAAAAAAAAAAAAAAAAAAAAACACGAAACACGAAACACUUAAAACCCCUCUCUACGUGCCAACUAUUAUGCCAUCCCUCCCAUUCGUAC